AUGUCCAAAAAAGAUAAAUUUUCUUUUAGAUAUUAUGUUGGACAUAAAGGGAAAUUUGGGCAUGAAUUUUUGGAGUUUGAAUUUAACUCCAAAGGAAGACUGAGAUAUGCGAACAACUCAAAUUACAAGAACGAUAAAAUUAUAAGAAAGGAAGCCUAUGUAAGUAAAUCUGUACUAAACGAACUAAAACGAAUAAUUGAAGAAUCAGAGAUUUGCAAAGAAUCUGAUAAAUUAUGGCCAGAACCUGAUAAAGUAGGAAAACAAGAAUUAGAAAUAGUUUUAGAUGGAAAAGAAUACUUUUUUAUGACUUCAAAAAUUGGAUCUCUAUCUGAUGUUAAACAAUGUGAAGAUCCUGAAGGUUUAAGAGUUUUUUAUUAUUUAAUACAAGAUUUGAAGUGUUUUAUCUUUUCACUUAUUUGUUUACAUUUUAGGGUAAUCUUAUAUAAGAACAAGUAUUUUUUUAUUUUUGGUUUUUCAUUUUUUUUCCGAAUGUAUAACAUUGGUUACACAAAUAUGGAAAAGGAACCCAACUUUUUUAAUACUGAAAUGAAUAAUACAACCCCAAUUUUAAUUCAUUUUUUUUUUUUUUUUUCAGAUUAA